AUGCCACCAUCUUCGCUGUCGCUGCCUGCCUCCUCUGCUGGUCCGCCCAGCUCCCGAGGGCCUUCUCGCUCGUCCUGCACUCGGCUGAAAGCGUCCACAUCCUCGCCAGAGAAGACGAGCCUGGCGCCUGUUCCUGCGUCUUCCCCUUCAGACGACAGACAGGACCGAAGAGGCGCCGCAGAGCGCGGCGCCACGCUGCUGUCGAAGCCUGCCCCGAGCAGCGAGGUUGGCGCGCCAAAACUCCAAGAAAGUCACCCGCAAGACGCAGAGAUUUCUCAAACCGGCACCGUCGGGUCGCGGGCCUGGACAGAGGAGGGAAGGACGCCUGAAGAGACUCCCCCCGGCGACGGCCUCAACAGUCGCGACGCGUCGGCGGCUGUCAAAGCCGCGACGCGGCUCGCUUCGUCUUCCGCCACGUGCCCGCCGACCGCUCCGCCUUCCGCCGCUUCAGCUGCUUCGGUCUUUUCUGCUCGCCGUCGCCCUUCGCUGGGCUCUUCGGCCCCGUUUCUCCCUCCGCGCGCCGCCGCGCCGUCUUCUUCGGCUGCUUCUGCGAAGUUUGAGGACAAACUGUCGCGGAGCGCGCGUCCCAAGAAGGACGCGCGACUGCUGCUGGCGGCGAUGUCGAGCAUGUUGCUCAGCGAGACGAAGGAGAGCGCGACACGCGAAGCCGAGAAGAGGCGCAAGGAGGAAAAGAAGGGGACCAACCUGCCGCUGCAGCCUCCGCGCGCAGAGGCCGCCUCCGCAGCCUCCUCUGCGAAGAGCGAGGCGAGUCUGGGGACGGACCACGCAGCCAGGGGAGGUCAGGGCAACAGGGGCAAGGCAGAGGAGGGAGAGAAUGCGCCGGCGUCUGAGGAGAAGAAGCAAAAGAUCAAACGCGAAAUUCAGCAGCUCUGCAUGCAGCUCAUGCUCCGGUCCUCGCAGGUCUCUGCGGCGUCCCAGAAAGAGGACGGCGACCGACAGGCCAGCGAGGGGGAGGAGAAGAAAACGAUGAAGGAGGCCGCCGCGGCGGCUUCUGCGGCGCUUCCGCCGCCACGUCUUCGGUCUGCGGUCUCCCUGGCGGCGUUGCCAUCGGCCGAGAAGAGAAACUUUCCUCGCCCGCACACGCCCGUGGCCUCUGCGCCGCGCCUCUCGCACUCGUGCGUCCUCCCUUCCAGGGCCGCCAAGCCUUCUCGCGCGUCCUCGCUGGCUGGCGAGGGCCUCCGCCGCGGCACCGCCUCCCUCACGAGGGGAUCCACUCGCCGGUGCUCGUCCUCCGCAACGCCAGCGGCCUCCGCGGCUUCUGCAGGCUCUGCGGCGACCUCUAGGGUUUCCGCUGGAGCGGCGCGGGUGCCCAGUAAGCUGCUGCUGCCGCAUGUGAAGGCGCGCGCAGCACUGGGGGAGGGAGAGAAGGGGGAAGUCUGCCGGGAGUUUCCUUCGCUGCCGACUGCCUGCGCAGCCUCACCGGCCGCAGAGCUGCUCCUUCGCAGAGAGGCUCAGAUGGCCCUUGUGCACCAGCAGCUCACGCAGAGCGACGCCGGCUCGCGACCUGCCUUCGCCUCCUUCUCUCCCGACCAGGACUUCAGCGGCUGGGUCAGCCUGCCGCGCCUCUCUUCGCCUCCCACUCCGUCCUCCGCUUCAGCUUCUUCCCCCUCUUUAUCUCUGACCUCUUCUUCCGCUUCUUCAUCUGCCUCUUCUUUUUUUCGGGGGGAGGAAGUUUACGUUUCGCGGCACACACUGACGCGUUCGAGUGUCGCGCAGCCCUCGACGCUGACUGACGCUCGCGGCGACCGCGUGUGCAUCCAGGCGCAGCUGCUGGAGCAAGUUCUCGCCGGCGCGCAGCCUCGGCAGGUCUUUGAGUACUUCUUCGGGCACGGAGUCCCCAUUGACGCGAGCGUCUCGCGCUUCCUUGAAAAACGAAGGCUGCAAAACACGCUGCGGAGAGUCAAGGAGCACCUCGAGAAAAAACUACCUGAGUUCUUCGCCUCCAAGGGCCUGCCCUGCCUCGCGACGGCCGCGCCCUUCACGCUCUUCCGCGCGGCCUUCUGGUACCUCGCGCAAGUCGCUCAAAGCGUGUCCUCGCGGGGGUCAUCGCGCGCCCUGGGUCUCCAGCGGUCAGGCGGAGGGCUGAGGGCGCUGCCGACCCCGGUUGCGCCGCCGCCCACGCCGGUCGCGCCGCCGCCCACGUCGGCGAGUGCGUUGGGCGCGCUCUUCGCCCUCGCGCCGCCGGGUUCUCCGUCGCGCUAUCUAACGCAGACGGCGCUAGCGGAGGCGCUGGAUAGCCUGCAGUGGUGGCCUGCGGAGAUCAACGCCGUCGACAGGAAGGAAGUGCUCCUCUGCCUCGCGCUCGCCGACGAAGACCUGCAUCCCAAGGCCGCCAUGGCCCGGGACAGACUCCUCCCCCAGGGCGUCAGCGAGCGCGGAUGGAUCUUCGGCUUCUUGACCGUCCCCUACAACCUCCCUGACUGGCCUGUGACGCAGGAUCUCCUGCCGCCAGACCCGCGCCCGACCGCGGCGCUGCCUUUCCUCCUGUCUCCGGCGUCCGCGCCCUCUUCUUCCUCUUCUCUGCGCUGCGCGCCUUACUUUUUGCUGCAUGCGCCGCAAGCGGCGUGCGUACCGGCGGCGGCGCGUGCAUGUUUUUGUGGCUUUUUGCAUCUCUGUCGCCUCGCGUUGCUCAUUUGCUCGGCCUUUGGCGAGAAAGUGAACCGGCGCUUCCCGCAGCUCCUCCUGCGGCUCUCGACGCUAGGCGAUGAAGCCUCUCCUCCGCGGGCGGCCGCCACGCCGCCGGGGCGGGCAGGGGCGCCUGCGGACGGCGCCAAAAGGAAGGCCCGCGACGCGCUGGCUCCCGCGCCACUCGGCGUCUCGCCCUACGCGUUGUCGGAGGUCGCCCUCGCGUCGCCGCAGCGCGACCCUGGGGCGGCGCGAGGCCGCGCGAGUGCCCGCGACGAUCGCGACAAAAAAUCUAAGACGCGGACGGCCUCCAACGCGACCCCCUCGCGCCUCGACAGCGAGCGCCUGGAAGACAGCAAAGCCGCGAAAAAGAAACGAUGCAAACUCCCCGCGUGGCACCUCUGCCAGGACGUUUUGUUGAGCCGCCUCGUUUCGCUGGAGGAGAUUCAGGUGAGUCUAGAUUUGGUCAUCCCCGCGCCGUGGGUGUUCGCCGCGCUGCAGUUCAUCAUCGGGACGACGUCGCGCGGUCUGACGCCUGUGGAGUGGCUGGCGCUGCUCCACCCUUGCUCGCCGCUGGCGCUUCCCCUCGACGCAGACGAGAUCGUGUCGCGUUUUGACGCAAAGUUUCAGCUCCAGGGCCUCUCGCGCGCUGCGUCGGCCUCGUUCGCGGCACCCUCCUUCAUGGAGAACAACUUCCUUUCCUUCUUCACGCUCUCGCACGCCGCGCCGCCGCCGAGCACCGCGGACGACUCCCGCUGUCGGGUCUGCGGCCUCAAGCUUGGCGCGCAGCUCGAGGAAGAGGAAUUCGAGACGCGCCGCGAGGCCCGCGGCGCCUCCCCCCCCCCAGGCGAGGGCGGCGCACAGCCUCGCACGCAGCCGCCCUUUGCAGCGGCUUCCAGCGACGCGCGGAGUAGGCUGGGGCUGCACUGGGAUUCAUUCGUCGAGGAGAAAGAGCGAAAGAAGGGCGCGGGCGGCGCCAGCGCGAAACCCGCGCCCUUCGCCGCGCCCCCUGGUCCGCCCUCGCGCGAGGCACCGGAGGAGGCCGCGGGUGACCGGCUGGAAGGCUCGAUCGCCGCGUCGCUUCCCUUCUUUGCGUUCCUCUCUGAAGACGAAAAAAGCAUCUUGCUGCAGAAGGAACGUGUGUACGGAGAGACAUAUCGCUUCCUGGGGACGCACUUAGCGGAGUUCUUCGACUCUGAAGCGACGAAAAAGGCCUUCAACCGCCUCGCGACCGCGGCCGUCAGCGCCUCAGUCAUCGAGCCAGGCAUGCCGCAGGGUGGAACGCGCGCCCUGCUGCCUCUGGUGAAAGCCGGCGGCUCCUGCUGCUUCGACGUUUACGCCCUCCGCGCCUGCUGCCGACUCUUCUUCAACAUCUUCGCGAAAAGCAGUCUCUUCGCCCUCCUCCACGACCUCGUCUAG